GACGACCACUCCCACCACUACGUCAACUACGACUACCACUCCCACCACUACUACGACGACCACUCCCACACUACCGACUACCACUCCACCACUACAUCAACUACAACGACCACUCCCUCCACUACAUCAACUAUGACGACCACUCCCACCACUACUACGACGACCACUCCCACCACUACUACGACGACCACUCCCACCACUACGUCAACUACGACUACCACUCCCACCACUACUACGACGACCACUCCCACCACUACAUCAACUACAACGACCACUCCCACCACUACUACGACGACCACUCCUUCCACUACGUCAACUACGACUACCACUUCCCCCACUACUACGACGACCACUUCCACCACUACAUCAAGUACGACUACUACAAGCACAACGGCUAGUACGACCACAACCGCAACUUCUAAUCCCCCAUCCGGAGGCGAUAGUAUAUGCGCGGAGGUGAUCCUGACGCAUGCACAACCCUUAAAAACGGUUAUGUCUCCCAACUACCCUGACUACUACCCUGAUAAUUACCACUGCGAGUUCAACAUCACGGCACCAUUGGGCAGGAAAGUAGACAUCUACUUCGACGUCUUUAAGGUUGAAUACUCAUCCAAAUGCGUCAAGGACUACUUCCAAAUUGUCGGAAUUGAGAAGUACUACGGCAUUAAGAUAUGCGGUCAUAAGAUCCCAAAACUGAAAUUACUGUCCAAGAAGAAUUACCUGACAGUCACCUACCACUCCGAUGGAGGAGGCAAGAAGCUAAAGGGCUUCAAGAUCUUUGCCACAGCUGUAAAGGAUACUAGUGCUUAACAACACCACCGACGACGAUCAACCCUCCACCACCGACGACGAUCAACCCUCCACCACCGACGACGAUCAACCCUCCACCACCGACGACGAUCAACCCUCCACCACCGACGACGAUCAAUCCUUCGCAGCCUGACUGACCAGACACGAAUACGAGUAUCUCUCCAACACCAAGAAUCUUUCAUUGGAUUGUUCUGUGGACCCGGUUAUCCACUAUCUGAUGAUGGCCGACUAACUUGUUCAGUGAUCAAGAGACUUGGAGGAGAAGAAGACCCGGAGAACAAGCAACACGGAAAAAACAGAGCAUUCGGAACCAUGACAACAGGGGCACACAACAACAGGGGGACACAGCAACAGAGGGACACAACAACAGAAGGGCACAGCAACAGGGGGACACAACUGCAGAAGGACAUAGCAGCUGGAAUGUCAAUAAUAAGAAGGACCUAGACAAGGGGAUCCAUUAUAACAAGGCACCAUUAUAACGAGGGGGCCAUGAUUAGAGGGGACCA